CUGGCUCUUUUCUCUCUGUUGAUUGUUCCAUUUAAACUUCAAAAAAUAAGUUUCCACCCGAUCAGGCAGAGUUUUGCCUAGCCUAAUUCAGGCUCGUAAAUGCUAGUUAGAGGGUGAUAUGGAAGGUAGAAUCGUAUGCCAGCGUUGCAGGCAAAAGUUUUCAGCGUCAACCAAUCUUGAGACAGUUAUUUGCCCAUACUGCCAUAUGAUCAAUCCGAAUCGAACAUUUACGAAUCAAUCAUCUUCCCUAGAGCAUGGCAGGAUAAGUUACCCGUUUAUAGAUAACAUUAUGAAGGAAAAGCAAAAGCUGAAGAAAAUUCUGCGCUGUAGCAGGCAGAAACCUGCUGCUUCUGGGUCAUCAUCAACCAAAUACCCUAAGCUUUGUGCUUUCGACUACUCUGGCCCAUGGCCGAAGAAACGUGCGGUGCUAUGCGGUGUGAGCUACAAGAAGUGGAAAUAUAGGCUCAAGGGGACCAUAAACGAUGUGUUUAACAUGAAACAAUUGUUGAUUCAAAACUAUGAAUUUAAGGAGGAAAAUAUUCUAGUGCUCACAGAGGAACAGACAGACCCUCGGCUUAUUCCAACAAAGGCAAACAUCGAGAUUAGCUUGAAAUGGCUGGUGAAUAACUGCCAGGCAGGGGAUUCGCUGGUGUUCUAUUACUCGGGACAUGGCUUACGCCAACCCGAUUUUGAGAAUGAUGAGCGCGAUGGGUUCGACGAAACCAUCUGUCCGGUUGACUUUCUGAAAGAAGGCAUGAUUCUCGAUAAUGACAUCUAUGCCACCAUUGUUAAGCCGUUGACAGUGGGCGUCACGCUUCAUGCCAUUGUUGAUGCUUGCCAUAGUGGAACUAUUCUCGAUUUAGAGCACGUCUAUGAUAAAGAAAAGAACAAGUGGAUAGACAACAGCCCUCCAUCAGGUGUGAGGAAACUAACAAGCGGUGGAAAAGCAUAUUGUAUCAGUGCUUGCGAAGAUGACCAGGCUGCUGCUGACACUUCUGCUUUUAGUUCCAAGUCGAUGAAUGGUGCAAUGACAGUCACUUUAAUAGAUAUUGUCAGAAGCAGACCAAGUAUAACAUACGGGGAAUUACUUGACGAGAUGGAAGAACGAAUUCAUCAAGUUAACAUAGAAGGAUGCCUUGGUUCAAGAAUAUUAAGCAGAAUUUUUGGCCCCAAUCUCACACAGAAGCCUCUACUCUCAGCUUCCGAAGAGUUCGACAUUUACCAGAGGAAAUUUCGACUAUAAUUGUUCAUAUUGGAUGCCAUUGAAGCAACAAGCGCCAUGGAUUUUGCGUGGAGCGUUUGAGAGCAGAAGCUUUCAUUUGUUAUCGAUCUUCAAGAAAUAACUUAAUCAAUUACCCAUGAUAUAAGGAAACCUUUGUACACUUCUGAUAACAAGAGUUUUUUUAUUAUUAUUAUUUAAAGAAUAGUUUACAGGGAAAUAAACAGUUUAGAUUUAUCGAUAAAAGAGACGAAAAAACUAUGACAUUAAACAAGAUGAAAAGAAAGAUUGAAGAGGGUAUGUUGCUACUGACGAUUUUGGUUUUUCAUUUUGUCUUUGUUGGAUUGGUGCCAAGGAUCA